CCGAUACCCGCGCGCCGAGCAAGGAGACAUCGCGCAACAGCGCUGUGCGCCAUGGACAAGACGACGGUCGGGCGGCUCUCGAACAAGUACGGCGACGACGGCUGGCCUGGCAAGACAUCUCCGUACCCGUGGCCGAUCGUCGUGCUCAACCAGUUUAUUCGCGAGCCGAGCUACUACAUCGUCGGCUUCGUCUGGAAGCUGCGCGGGUGCUGCCGGAGCAAGAAGUCGAAGCCGCCGGUCCUCACGAACGAGCCCAAGCAGAUCUCGUCGUCGUCAAAGACGGUGCUCUUCAUCCGGCACGGGCAGGGCGACCACAACGCGAGCCUACCCGGCUGGAACCUGGUCGACCCGCCGCUCAACGCGACCGGCCUCGGGCAGGCGAGGGACCUGCACGAGCGGCUGGGCGGCACGGGCGGCCCGCUCAAGGACGUCGAGGUCGUGCUCGUCUCGCCGCUCACGCGCGCCUUCCAGACCGCCCAGGGCGCGUUCGGGCACGGGCCGGCGUUUCAGAACCGGGAGCCGACGCUCAAGCCAAAGUGGGUCGUCUGCCCGCUGCUCCGCGAGCGGAUGGGCGCGCCCUGCGACGAGGGGCGCCCAAAGGCGCAGCUGGCGAUGACGAUGCCCGAGAUGAAGGAGAUGGAGGGGUUCGACACGAUGAAGCCGGAUGUCUGGUGGACGCCGCACUUUGAGUUCGGGCUGUACGACCGCAUCGCCGAGCUCGAGGAGCAGAUCCUCUCGCGCCCCGAGUCGACGAUCGCCGUGGUCGGGCACGGCGGCCUCUUCACGCGCAUCCUGGGCUACCACCUCCACAACUGCGGCCACCAGUGGACCUCGUGGGAUGCGGACUAAGCGCCGCCCAGCGCUGCGGCGACCCCAGCAGCGCUCGGAGCCGUGGGCUGCGGAGCGAGCUGGGGCUGCGGUCCGAGGGCGGCCACGGCCCACCGCGACCGGUGGGAGCUCUCACCGGUUGAUAUUGUGCGUGCGCCAUUAUUGCCUGCGGGGCGUUUCACAGCUGCCUCGCCGACGCAGUGCCGCCGCGUGCCCCGUGUGCCCCGUCCACACUGUCACUGGUCACUGUCGAUAGAAACCCCUGUGUGUCUUGUUGAUUAAGGUCAGUUCUGAAAGAAAGCACUUGGAGCACUU